UUUGUAUGAAGCGAUUUUGUUGUGAAUAAAAUACGUUAUUGUACGUUUGUUUACGGAUCGUCAUUAUAAAAAAAAAACCUCUCAUCAUGCCGAAACAUUGCGAAAUCCCGAAUUGUCCUAGAGAGUCACAUCAGUCAGUGUUUCGUUUACCUUCUGAUCCAAAAACUCGUGGGAAGUGGUUAUCUGCAAUUCGUAAUGCAUAUCCUAACCUGUCUUUGAGGAAAAAUGUUUAUAUUUGUGAGAGACACUUCAAAAGUACAGAUUUCACCGACAGUCUAACUGAUAAAAUGUAUCACAUUCUUCAAAUGGAUUCACUAAGAACGAGAAAACGCCUUAAAUUGGGAGUUGUACCUUGCGUCAUGGACUCCCAGUCCCCUGAAGUCUGGGUCCAAACAAACACAAUCAAUGACCCAUUUCGAUCGCUGACUGAUUCUAGUGGAAGAGAUGAAUCAGAAUUGAGACCGUCUUCCCCGGUACAGGAUGCGACAAUAACCCCAGUCACGAGGCGGUGCGAAAUCCCGAAGUGUUCUACAGGUUCACAUCAGCCAGUAUUUCGUUUACCUUCUGAUCCAAAAACUCGUGAGAGGUGGUUAUCUGCAAUUCGUAAUGCAUAUCCUAAUCUGUCUUUGAGGAAAAAUAUUUAUAUUUGUGAAAGACACUUCAAAAGUACAGAUUUCAUCAAUAAUCCAGCUGACAAAACCGAUAACAUUCUUCAAAAGGAUUCAGCACAAACGAGAAGACGUCUUAGAUUGGGAGUUGUACCUUGCUUCAUGGAUUCUCAGGCACCUAAAAUCUUCUCUAGUGGACGAGACAAAUCAACGACCGAAGUUAACCAUUGGAUACACUGCGACUGCUAUUUUGAUGAGACCUUCAAUGAGAAUCAUUUUGGCUCAGCAUGUGAUAUGGAUAGAACAGAAAGAUUGAAACGCCGCAACAGUGCGGCUACUGAAACGAAGCCUGUAAAGAGGCGCGAGGGCCGCAAAAGUACCGCGGGGUUGCAGCUGGAACCUAUUUUUGUGGAUUGUCAGGAUCCGAUCGGGGCGAAGAUCCCGAAGAAGGAGAGCCAUGUGUGUCCCAGUGACCAGAUUGAAAGUCGAUCCCUCAACCAGCAAGAAUUUCAGGAGCUGCCCUACGAUGGGAAAUCGAGUCCAGGAUUAACGAUUAAGGAAGAACUCGUGGGCGUACCAGAGAGCUCCUACGAUCGGGGCUCGAGUCCAGGAGUAAUGAUUAAGGAAGAGCACGUGGACGUACCAGAAAGCUCCUACGAUGGGAGCUCGAGUCCAGGAGUAAUGAUUAAGGAAGAGCACGUGGACGUACCAGAAAGCUCCUACGAUGGGAGCUCGAGUCCAGGAGUAAUGAUUAAGGAAGAGCACGUGGACGUACCAGAAGACAAGGAAAAUUAUGAUUUUUAACUAAUAAUUCAAAUGAAAUGUUAUUCUUUGAUUAUAAUAUCUCUUCUCUAUAUAAAUAAAAAAAUAAGGCGA